AUGCCUCAGAACGAGUACAUGGAGAGAUGGCGCAAGCUUCAUGGUCGGAGACUCGAUCACGAGGAGAAGGCCCGCAAGAAGGAGGCUCGUGAGGGCCACAAGGCGUCCAAGGAUGCGCAGAACCUGCGUGGUCUUCGCGCCAAGCUUCACGCGAAGAAGCGCCACAACGAGAAGAUCCAGAUGCGCAAGCAGAUCAAGGCCCACGAGGAGCGCAAUGUCAAGACGAACGACGAGAAGGAGCCCAGCGAGCCCAUGCCCGCCUAUCUUCUCGACCGGAACAACCCGAGCAACGCCAAGGCUAUUUCGUCCCAGAUCAAGAACAAGCGUGCCGAAAAGGCUGCCCGGUUCCAGGUUCCUUUGCCCAAGGUGAAGGGUAUCUCUGAGGAGGAGAUGUUCAAGGUCAUCUCGACCGGAAAGAAGACGCACCAAAAGUCCUGGAAGCGUAUGAUUACGAAGCCAACUUUUGUCGGUCCCAACUUCACCCGGAGAGAUCCCAAGCACGAACGUUUACGGUAUAAGCAUGCGCACGUUUGCCAUCCGGAGCUCAACGUAACCGUAAAACUGCCAAUUUUGGGAGUCAAGAAGAACCCUCAGAACCCUCUUUACACGAAUCUGGGUGUCCUUACGAAAGGAACCGUGUUGGAAGUCAACGUAUCGGACAUGGGCCUUACGACAGCGAGUGGCAAAGUGGUUUGGGGUAGAUAUGCCCAGGUGACGAAUUCACCGGAGAACGAUGGCUGCGUGAAUGCGGUCUUGCUCGUCUAA